GCUUUGUUAGUUCUGCAUCGGAGCUAUGUGACGGACUUGACAAUUAAACAGAGUCAGAGGCGAUAUUAACACAGUGAGGUAGCUCAAAGCCUCCAACCAACUCUUCCUUUUCUUCUCCGCCGCUGUCUAUUUCAUCUUCCUCUCCCCCCUUUCUUAUUCAAAUCUUCACAUUUUCUAUCUAACACCACAAUGGCUUCUCUUUCUUCCACUCCUUUUCUCUCCAAAACCACCAUUUCAUUCUCUUCCUCCCUCUCCACUUCUCUCCCAUGGAAAUCGUUUCCCUCCUUCUCCGCAUCAAAGCCUCUAUUUUCUCGCCGAAGAAUUUACACCGUCCAAUCGAAAAUCCGCGAGAUUUUCAUGCCUGCUCUCAGCUCCACCAUGACUGAGGGCAAGAUUGUUUCUUGGAUCAAGUCCGAGGGUGACGUGCUUUCCAAAGGAGAAAGCGUUGUCGUUGUAGAGUCCGACAAGGCCGACAUGGACGUCGAGACUUUUUAUGAUGGAAUUCUUGCCGCGAUUGUCGUUCCCGAAGGUGAGACUGCUCCUGUUGGCGCGCCGAUUGGGAUUUUAGCGGAGACUGAGGAUGAAAUCGCUGAAGCCAAGGCCAAAGCCACGUCGAAUGGUGUUAGUUCAUCUCCGCAAGCUGUUGUUCCCUCUCCUCCUCCUGCCACUUCCACUCCUGCCCCUGCUAUUUCACAACCCGAGCCGAAAAAAUCACCGGAGACAGUUGCGAGUGGGCACAAAAAGAUUGUAGCCACGCCGUUCGCCAAGAAAUUAGCUAAGCAGCACAAAGUGGAUAUUAAUUCAGUGGUUGGAACGGGGCCUUUCGGCAGAAUUACUCCUGAAGAUGUGGAAAAGGCAGCUGGAAUUGAACCUUCUAAGAAUGUGGCACCUACUACUGUAGCAGCUCCAGCUGUGGGCACUCCUCCGCCGAGAACUUCGACGGCUGUCCCUUCUCCAAUUCCGGGCUCUAGUGUUGUGCCUUUUACGACAAUGCAGUCUGCCGUAUCGAAGAAUAUGGUUGAGAGUCUUUCAGUCCCCACUUUUCGUGUUGGAUACCCGAUAAUAACUGAUGCUCUUGACGCUCUUUAUGAGAAGGUGAAGCCAAAGGGUGUGACAAUGACUGCGCUGUUAGCCAAGGCUGCAGCAAUGGCUCUUGUUCAGCAUCCGGUUGUCAAUGCCACCUGUAAAGAUGGAAAGAGUUUUACUUUCAAUAGUAAUAUCAACAUUGCUGUUGCUGUGGCUAUCAAUGGUGGCUUGAUAACGCCUGUUCUUCAAGAUGCAGAUAAGUUGGAUCUGUAUUUGCUAUCUCAAAAAUGGAAAGUGCUUGUGGAGAAAGCUCGAGCAAAGCAACUUCAGCCUCAUGAGUAUAAUUCAGGGACUUUCACUCUGUCAAAUCUGGGCAUGUUUGGCGUGGACAGAUUUGAUGCUAUUCUUCCUCCAGGCCAGGGGGCUAUCAUGGCUGUUGGAGCAUCAAAGCCAACCGUGGUGGCCGAUAAAAAUGGUUUCUUCAGUGUGAAGAGUAAAAUGCUGGUAAAUGUAACAGCUGAUCACCGAAUUAUCUAUGGUGCUGACUUGGCAGCUUUCCUUCAAACCUUUUCAAAGAUUGUUGCGAACCCAGAUAGCCUGACAUUAUAGAUGGUCUCUGGGAUUUCUACAUAGUAAAUUCAGCUGAUUAGAGCCUCCAUUCUUCGGUGAGUGAUGGAAUAAUGGUGUGUCUAUUAUUUAGCAAAGUGCCUUGCCAUGGCUUUGCAGUAGUCCUGGCGGUAAUGUGCUCCUCUUGUAUUUCAUCUUGUUUUGAUUUUUUUAAGACCUCACAUACAAUACCAGAUUUGUUAAGUUGAUUUUAAUUUCUAACAAAGGAAUAAGAACUCUGAAGAUUUUGACAGAA